AUGAGCGACGACGAAUAUGAUUAUGAGUCGCUUGGUAGUAACACUACCAUGACCCAAAAUGCCUUUGCGGGUGCACUUGCUGGUAUUGCAGAGCAUUGUGCCAUGUAUCCUGUCGAUAGUAUCAAGACUCGAAUGCAAGUGAUUGGUAGCACGGCAACAAAGGCGGUCCAACAACAACCCGUUACCCUUCGUAAUUUAUGGAAAGGUGUCAAUUCGGUAGUUUUAGGUGCUGGACCAGCUCAUGCGUUACAUUUCGCCACUUAUGAAUAUUGUAAAGAGUAUUUCGGGGCUAAUGCCAGUGGACAUCAUUUCGUCUCCUCUGCCGGAGCAGGUGCAUGUGCCACUUUGGCUCAUGAUGCGCUGAUGAAUCCCUUUGAUGUGGUAAAGCAGAGAAUGCAGUUACGAGAUUCCGUGUAUAAGAGUAUUCGAGAGUGUGCACACAGCGUAUAUACGAAAGAAGGACUUGCAGCAUUUUAUAUAUCCCUCCCUACUACACUUGUCAUGUCAGUUCCCUUUCAAUCGAUCCAGUUUGCAACAUAUGAAUUUUUCCGUAAAGUGUUGAAUCCAGAUGGCCCACAGUACGAUCCCAAGACACACGUGAUUGCGGGUGGAUUGGCAGGUGCAGUUGCAUCUUCCCUUACGACGCCCAUGGAUGUAGUGAAAACUUUACUUCAAACAAGAGGAUCCAGUCAAGAUGCACAGAUUCGAAAUGUAAAAGGCUUUAGAGAGGCAACAGGUAUCAUCAUGUCCAGAUACGGUAUUCGAGGCUUCUUUCGAGGAUUUAAACCACGCGUUUUGACCCAUAUGCCUAGUGCUGCCAUCAGUUGGAGUGUCUAUGAAUAUAUCAAAUGGGUUAUCAAUACUAGAAAUAUCACACAACAAAAAGAAAAAGACUUUGUGUCGCUUUAG